AUGGAGGCGGAGGCCCGUCGGGGGCCCGGCACCCCCGGGCCUGAGCUGGACGGCUCGACCCCAGGGCCGGACCCCGCUGGCCCCUCGGGCAUCGACAGCCCCACUGCGCCGCCCACUGCGCGCCCGGUCCGGCCCUACACCGUGCUCCACCUGACGGUCGACGGGUCCCUGGCCGGGCUGAAUGCUGCGGCUGCCAGCCUGCUCACGCCCACGCGCGCCCAGGCGCUGGCGGCGGGCAGCGAUGCGGGCGAGUCGGUGUGCUCCUUUGGCAGCGAGGGCGGCAGCAGCGCCGCGGGGGGCGAGGGGGGUGUCUGGACGGUGGUGGGGCGGCUGGUGCUGAGACCCGACGUCGCCGUGUUCUUCUGGGUCACGCUGCUGAUGGGCAUCGGGAAUGGGUUCAUUGCCUACCUCUUCCUCUUCCUCAGCGACCUGGGAGCCCAUGGGACCCUGCUGGGCCUCUGCCUGUCUGCAAACUGCGCAGCGGAGAUCCCUGUCUUCUUCUUCAGCGGCAAGAUCCUGGAGAGGGUGGGCGUCCUCCCCGCCUUCCACCUCUCCAUGGCAGCCUUCCUCCUGCGCCUGACCUGCUAUGCGCUGCUCCCCCUGGCACCCACUCCCUGGCUGGUUCUGGGCAUCGAGCUCCUACAGGGCGCCACCUUCGCCCUCGGCUGGACGGCGGGGUGCGUGUACGUCAAGCGCACGGCUCCCCGCCACGCAAGGUCCACCACCCAGAGCGUGUUUUCGGGGCUCUACACCGGAAUAGGAGCAGGCGUCGGCGCACUACUGGCGGGGGGACUCUACGGCCCCAUGGGCGGGGCGGGUGUGUUUGGCCUGGGAGCCGGGAUGCUGGCGGUCGGCUGGGGCGCCGCGCUGUGCGUGCUGUGGUGGCUGCGGCACACGAGGACAGCACACAGCAGCGCCUACGUCAGGCUGGAGGCUGAGCUGGCGCCGCCCAGGGGCCUGGCGUCGCCAUGA